AUGAGCCAUCGGGAUAGUGCCCUGCUGGCCAAGUACCACAAGGGGGAAGAGGACAACGGGUUUGUCAGGACGCACUACUUCAAAAAGGUAGAGGCAAAAAAUGUGGACACAAAUUUGGUGAGUCUUGAAAAAAUGUUCCUCCCAGAUGAUAUAUUCUUGGACUUGUAUAUAAAUGAAAAGGAAAGAAACAACUUCGAUUUUUACCUGAACAAUGUAGUAGACGAAAGGACAAGGACGACAGACUUUUUGAGCAGCUGGACACACAUCGAGGUCAGCAACAUUUACAACUACAUCCUUUAUAACAACGCGUCCUGCAGCAACGUCAUGGAUGAUAAGAAGGGACACCUGGUGUUGAAACUCAAAUACACAAACGAAAAUAAAACCAUUACUUCCUACUUUAAGGUCCACUGCCGAAAUGUCAAGUGGGAAAGUGAGAAGAAGGUUUGGCACAUACCCAUUUUUUACAUUUACGAGAUGACCAAGCUGACCAUUUUUCUGGGGGGCACCGUCAGCGACACGGUUUUGUACUACGUGUGCAAGCUGUUUAACCACUUCGCCUCUGCGAGGGAGGCGGUCAAGCAGCCGCUACAUAAGCCGCUAAGCAAGCCGCUCAACCAACCGCUAAACGAACCGCCGAACGAACCGCCGAACGAAAAAAAUGUGGGGGAGACGAGCAAGGAGGGCCCAACCCCCCCCAGUGCAAACCCUGCAACCAAUCAGGCCAACCAGUACGACGCGGCCCUCUUCUCGCGCAGGGACAAGAGCGGGUUCGUUCAGCACGUCGCGAAGAGUACCAUGUUCGCCAUGCAACACAUAAUCGUGCACAACCCGGUGAAGAGCGACUCGGUGCAAGUAAAAAUCGUGCCGUAUAAUGAGGAAGUGGUCCGGAAAAUGAAAGAGCUUAACCUCUUCCACUGGGACAAAACAGAAAACAUCUGGACAGUGAAAAAAACGAAUUUUAAAACGUUCCAUACGAAUGUCAUCAAAGGGUUAGAGUACAAGUUGUGCUCCUACUACGAUUGUUAUAAGUUUGCUAAACAGCAGCUGGUGGUGGAAGGAGGCGCCUGCUGGGCGAGCACCUCCAGCGUGACUUUAGCAAAUUCCAAAAAGGGCGCCACCAAAAUGAGUUCGUUAAAAAGAAAGAGAAAUAUACCAGAUAGCGAUAUGAAGAAGACAAAGCAAAAUUGUAAUAUGAAUCUUUGCUACGAGAGUACAGACUCGUCCUACUCAGACGAACUGUCGCACAACGUGGAUGCAAGUUACUACGAAGGAAGAGAACAAGUGAAUAAAAUAAAGCUCAUCGGGGCGGCUAACAACUACUACAGAGAUAUCAUAUAUAACAAGCUAAACAAACUCAAACAUUUGAAGCCUCCAAAUUUUACUUAUGACCCAAAGGGACUAAUAACGAAAAAUGGUGCAGGGACUAAAGGAAUUGAAAUUUACGACAUGCCAAGUGAUAUAAACGAAUGGAACAAAAUAAGUUUUUGUAUCGUCCCAGAUGAAAAAGAACACGUCGAUUUAUAUGACCCCAAAAUUUUAUGUAGCUUAGUCAGCGAUGUGUACAUGCUCAAGGAAAAAGCAAUUGAUCUUAUUUUAAAAAAAUUUCAAAGGUGGCCUGAAUACACCGAUGUGUACUGGAACAGCAUUUGUACUGAAAAUGAAUUCAUUGUGAGGAACAAAAAUUUCAACACCAGACAAAAGCUAGCUCACGAUAGACUUUUCAGCAAACAGUUUUUUUAUAUAUUCAAUAUUGGGAGUGUGAAACAGUCCAAUUAUUACGAUGCGCUAUUUUUGUGUAAAGCUUUAAUAACUCUUGGCGAGGGAAAAAUUGUGAAGGACCCCCUUGACGCCGAGUAUAUUGUCGUUGCCAACUGCAACGAUCCAAAUGCCAUUGACUUUUAUAACUCCCUGCAGGGCAAACAGAAAAAGAAGAAGCUCCCCUUGUUCGUCACACCCACUUUUAUAUACGAUUGCAUUUUGAACUACUCCGUGUCCUACCCCUCCAAGAACAAGAGCCACUUUUCCUUCACCUGA